UCCCAGCUGGAAAUGAAUGUAGAAAAGUAUAACGCUCCGCCCAGCAGACUGUCGACCAAUCGCGUUCACGCGGUUGUUAAACUUGCUUAUUGUCACGCAAUCCUUUCUUAAAAGUCAGGUUGUGAGUCGAGAAACCAGCCUAUUUUCCUUGAAAGUACGGUAUGUUACGAUUUCAAAGCUAUACGAUAUUACAGAGAACAAGUCAAUUAUCUCACAUCUCUGAAAAGAUUCGUAAUGUUCUACUUCAUGCUAAUGUUGGGUUUUCGAGUUAGCGCCCAAUUGACUCCCAUUCACUACUUGAAGGAGUGAUCUUGUCCCAGAAUGCACCGCGCGGCCCAUUGAUGAUAAUUGGGAAACGUACACGAUGGAGUUCUCUGGCUGUUUGCAAGUUCAUUCAUUUCUGGCGUGAAUGAUGGAGCACUUGAACGUAAACGUUUACCUAAAUCAGGUAGUUUCUUAGUCCGUGGUUUCUCGACUAGAUAGUUAAGUUAUCAACGUUUUUACAUUUAUUAUACAAAUAAAAAUAAUUUGUAUUGCAAACACUAUCUUAAGUGAAUCAGAGUUGCCUGGAUGAAAAGUACAGUAAAUACCAAUAUGAUAAAGGAAAACAGAUGGAACAUACCCCCAAAUGCCCCUGCGUGCAUGGAGAAACAUUUGGACUCGGCGCAGUACAGGGGAGAUGGCACCCUGUUGUUGGGGGCCUCCAGUCUGACAGGCAGGUGCUGGCAGGGCUCCAUCUGGGUCUACAGUGACCCCAAGCAGUCUCCCAAUGAGGGCUUCUGCAAGGCUGGUGUCCAGACAGAGGCAGGGGUCACAGAGGCAAAGUGGGUUUCAGAGAGGGGUGUCCUAGUUGCAUCUGACUCCGGUGCUGUUGAGCUGUGGGACCUAGUGGAGGACGAGAGUCUGCUGGUGAAUCGGUUCACCAAACUCGAGCAUGAUCACAUCGUCACCAGCGUGAGCCCUGCUGGGUCAAGCCACGCCAUCAGCGGCAGUAUGGACAGCCGAAUCAAAGUCUGGGACCUUAUUCGGGGGGAAGUGGUCAGCACAUAUAAUGCUCACUCGAAGCCAGUCACUUGUGUGUCCUGCAAUCCAUCUGAUGACUCCCUCUUCCUCUCAUGUGGCCAGGAUGGUCGUCUGUUGCUUUGGGACAGGAGAAAACCCACCAAACCAGCCUCUAGAUUAGAUGUAGAGCCCAGCUGUUGCCCUACCUCAGUAGCCUGGCAUCCCCACCACAGGACCACAAUCGCGUACGGUGACAAGCUGGGACGAGUGACUCUGAAGGACUUUCAGGGAACAGAGCCUGCCCAGACACAGAGCACCCACAGCCGCAGGGUCUCCGGCCUAGCCUUCUCCUCACACAGUGCCCCCUUGCUUGCCUCCAUCAGUGAUGACUGCUCCGUUGCUGUGAUGAACUCUGAGCUUAAGGAAACGUUGAGAGACAGGAGGCACCAGGACUUUGUUCGGGGUGUCUGCUGGGCCCCUGGCGGUUCUGACACACUGACCACCGUGGGCUGGGACCACCAGGUCCUCCACCACGUCAUGGGACAGGAUGGACCCGCCACUGGAGACUCCAUGUCACCACCAUAGACCCACCACCCAGCCUGGGUCAGGAAAUGGGGAGGGGGGUUGUAAAAGUAUGGGGUUUUGUGGGGGAGAAUUUGAGGGGUUGGCAUGAGGAUUGAAGUUGUCAACACCGGAACAGAGAGCAGAGCAGUAUUAGGAUGGUUUUCCCAAUCCUAGUCUAAGUACCCCUGGCCAUGCUGGUUUUCUUUCCAACUGAUUAAGGCCUCCCGAGUGGCGCAGUGGUCUAAGGCAGCUGUGCCACUAGAGAUCCUGGUUCGUAUCCAGGCUCUGUCGU